CCAAUGCCAAAACACCACACAUUUGGUAAUUAAUCACGACAAUGGCCAAGUCAUCACUGCACGUCAAGACACUCGUCUUCUUCAGCGCUUUCCUAUUGAGCGUGACAACAGGCCAACAUCCAGACCACUUGCUGUCUACGAAAGGCGACACCAAUCUCCGUUUAGACUACGAAACUUUAAAAACUGAAUUCAAUGACCAGUUUAACCGCCUGAGAGAGGAAGUCCUGCAGCUAAAAACCAAACUCCACCAAAAGGAAAUGCAGGAAAUGUUACCGGUAUUAAAGUCGGGCUCGAAAGGUGUAAUGCCGAGAUCUUGUCACGAGGUCCGUAUGGCCGACCCUUCAUUGCCCACUGACGUUUACUGGAUCGAUCCCGACGGACAAGAUGUUGGAGACGAUCCCAUCCAGGUGAACUGCGACAUGUCCACAGGAAUGACAAUAAUUGGACACGACGCAGAAGCAGCGAUUAACGUUAGCCAUUGCACGGAACCCGGAUGCUAUACCAGACCAAUCGUGUACGAAGCAUCACUCAGACAAAUUGCAGCUCUGGCACAAAUUUCUGUAGAUUGCCGGCAGUCAAUUAAGUACGAGUGUUACUCGGCCCCACUCCAGUACGAUGGAAUCCAAUAUUCCUGGUGGAACGACCGCAACGGUGUAGAGCAAUAUUUCUGGCACGGUAACGAUAACUCCACUCACACGUGCCUGUGCGGAAUCGGCAAAACGUGUGUCGAUCCUAGUAAAAACUGCAACUGUGACGCCAACGUACCCGUCAAUCUAGUCGACGAAGGUGAAAUAACUGCGAAGGGAAGUUUGCCCAUCACACGUUUGAAUUUCGGACGAACGACCCCUGCAGCGUCAAGCGGUAUUCACACUUUGGGGAAAUUGAAAUGCAAAGGCCAAAAGUUGGUCGAAGGAAUGCCAACGUCUUGCGUCGAACUGUGGCAGAUCGGACAUGUCCUCAGCGGCUUAUACUUGAUCAAGGGCGUGUCUCAAGUGGAAACGGUUUAUUGCGACUUUAGCAAAAUGUCAACGGAAGCAGGAUACGAAACUUGGAUUGGCUACGCUGAUGUCAAAUCAUCUCCUGUUUAUUUCUAUGUACAGAAAAACGCGAAUUACGCAACUGCCAACACCGCCAUUCCAUUCGAGUUGACCAGAACUAAUGUGGGAAAUGCCAUGAACGCUUCAACAGGAGUUUUUACCACACCAAGACCGGGAAAAUAUUUUUUCACUUUUUCAGGAAUUAAUUAUGGAAGUUAUGCAGCUGUUGAGCUUCAGUUGAAUGGUGUUCAGAUAGGAGCUGGAUACAGCAAUGAGAUGCAUAAUACUUUUUCACACCAUGUUACUUUGCAACUUUCCAAAGGCGACCAGAUUAGAUUGGUCUUGAUAAGUGGAACAGUUUACGACGACAUUAGAUCUUAUACUAGCUUUGUAGGUUUGUUAGUAGAGGAAGAUGUCUUCGAAUAAUAAUGGCCGAGUUUUGACAUUUUUGCGUAGUAAUUUUUUAGAUGAUUAAUAUGACCUAAAAUUUUCAUUUCAAUUAUACAGUUCAUGCAAUUGACGAAUAAUAAAAUGAAUUACAACAUU